ACUCGAUUGAGCUACGUCUUGUCUUAACAAGAACUUCCAUAGGAAAGCAAUGGCGGAUUUACGCAAAAGGGUAACUAACAAUAAAGCUACUGACGUGGACACUGAGACGGAAAACGAAGGAUUCAACCAAGACAGCGAUGCAAACCUUGACUUGGACUCUGAGGAUGACAAAUCCUUGGGAAAUAAGGUAGAUCUUUCAAAUACUAUACCAAGUGGAACUGAUAAAGCACCCGAAUUAUUAGAUGCCACCUUAUCUUCUUUGCCCCCAAGAUGGAGAAACUGGGUGAUUCGAGGUAUUUUUACUUGGGUCAUGAUCUUUGGGUUUGCUCUUAUGAUAUAUGCAGGGCCGUUGGCUCUGAUGCUAGUGGUGCUGGCAGUGCAAGUAAAAUGUUUUGCUGAGAUUAUCAACAUUGGUUAUGCUGUGUAUAAAAUUCAUGGACUUCCUUGGUUCCGCUCCCUGUCUUGGUAUUUUCUGAUCACCUCUAAUUAUUUUUUCUAUGGAGAAAGCCUGGUUGACUAUUUUGGUGUGGUUGAUAACCGAACAGAAUUUUUGCGAGCAUUGGUCAAAUACCACCGUUUCAUCUCAUUUUCGCUGUAUAUUGGAGGUUUCGUGUGGUUCGUCUUGUCGCUAGUCAAACGCUACUACAUGAAACAGUUUUCACUGUUUGCUUGGACUCACGUUGCUCUCUUGAUUGUUGUUACCCAGAGUUAUUUAAUCAUCCGCAAUAUCUUCCAAGGAUUAAUAUGGUUCAUCGUACCCGUCUCUAUGAUCGUCUGUAACGACGUCAUGGCAUACAUGUUUGGCUUCUUUUUCGGUCGUACCCCGCUCAUCAAGCUGUCACCAAAAAAGACCUGGGAAGGUUUCAUCGGAGGUGGAUUUGCUACCGUUAUUUUUGGACUUUUGAUAUCGUACUUCUUGUGCCAAUACCCAUUCUUUGUUUGUCCUAUCGAGUUCAACGAAGAACUCGGUAGGAUGACUCUCGAUUGUGAGCCUUCACCCCUGUUCCGCCCACAGGAAUAUACAGUCCCCGCAUCCUUAGCUCCUGUCGUCCGAAUGGUUACCGGAAAAAACACCGUUAUGAUUAUCCCAUUUCUUCUCCACUCCCUAUCGAUGUCAGUAUUCAGCUCGGUUAUCGGACCAUUCGGAGGCUUUUUCGCUAGCGGAUUUAAACGGGCUUUCAAAAUUAAGGAUUUCGGCGAUAUCAUCCCGGGUCAUGGGGGCAUUAUGGACCGUUUCGACUGCCAAUACCUAAUGGCCACCUUUGUCAACGUAUAUAUUUCAUCGUUCAUCCGCAUGGAUUCGCCUCAGAAAUUGUUGCAACAGAUUUAUUCUCUAAAACCGGAAUUGCAACUGGAGCUUUUCACUGCCUUGCGAGAUUCUUUGACCACCAGGGGCAUUCUUCAAUUGCCAGCCCCUUAAAAAAAAAAAAUAAUAAAAACAAAAAUGUAGAUCAUGAUGAUCGAACUAUAAAAUUAUGCGGUCGAGUGUUGCGGUUAACUCAUACUCUCAGCAAUACUUUCGGCAUUCUGAGUGAAAAAUAUAACUUAAAUGUUAAAAAUUGUAAUAGCUGUUUUAGAGGAAAAAGUUUGGUUGUGGUGGGUAUUUUAUUGAUAUGAUGAACAACUUUUUUGGGGGGAAAGAUUCUGUGUGUAGUGAAGGUGUAGCAUUUCUCUUGUAUUCCGUUCACCUUCCUUGGAAUUGCUCCAAUUUCGUUAAACCUCUGGAUUUUCCCUCUAGUCAUUUUCAGAGACUCACAUUGAACGUUCUUCCAACUCGUUUCAAUUUUUAAAUUUCAGGUAGAGUUUUUGUCGUUCUGCCCUCCUCUUAUCCCCCAAUAACUUCACGUCGUGUAACUCCCUCUUCGUUGUCGAUGUUUAUAUAUUAUACAAGUCUAUUGUACUAUUUGGUUCUCUGAUUCUCGUAACAUACGGGUUCAAUAAAGGGCAACAAGUUGCAACAAAACAAA